AUGCUCCCUCUGGGCAAGGCAAACAGUUCACAACGCAACAAAUUCUCUCUCGGCCCCAGUUCAAGACAGAUAAAGGUCGGUUGUCAACGCUCGCCAAGACCGUUGCCAGGUUUCGGCCUUCUUUCGAGCAGAAGAACGAAUGGGCCGGCUGAUGGGACAAGUAAGGUUUCAGGAUUAAUGACAUUGCCAUUUCGUCUCUGGAUAAGUCAGGCUUCUAGGCCUCGCUGUCAUGCCUGUGGACCUCACUGUGCGCAAGGGAAAGCAAAACUGUCGCCUGACAACCGCCAACACCUCCACCACCUUCUCUUCAUCUCGAUCCCUCGUCCGGCCAAUAGAGGCAGCACGGACAAUCCUUUCCUUGUGUUGUCCGUUUCUGCCGCCACUGUCAAGGUUGCCCAGAUGAAGUAUCCAAUUUGGUCACGGUUUGGCUAUUCCUGCGAGAACUGCAACUUCACGAGUCAGCCUUCAGCCCACGAUACAAUUGGCAAUGUCCGUGUGCGACGCAUAAGGCUUUGGAGAAGUUGGGAGAAUGUUCAUCUCGUCAUGUCUUUGCAGAAUCUCAUUCUGAUCGGACGACGAGGCAUGCGUUUUACAAUUCGUGUUAUGGUAGCUUUCUGUCAGAAGGGAAAGUUGGAGAAGAUUAAUAGUCGUGUGGUCGCAUCGGUUUUGUUUGUUGUCUUGAGGGAAGAAGUCCGCGUUGCCAGAUCAAUUCGCGCUGAGUUUUCGUUUGUCACACCGUCUGUGAUGACCUUCAUCCACGAGAUUCUGCACAUGGUUGCCCCGAAUGCUGGAGUCCCCAUCAGGCCAUCUCCAAUGUGGCUAGCGAAGCGGAUAUCAUGGCUCUUCACAGUCUGUGGCCUCAUGAUUAAGGGUCAAAAUUUCGUGUGA